GAUGGAAGAAGGUGAGAGUAGUACAGAAGAGGAAGUUGGGUAUACCAACGCGCGAAAAGAAGAAGCUGUGGGUACUAUGUAUUGAACUAUCGAGGAAAAUGGACCAAUCAGGAGAAUUGAAAACUAAGGUAAGCGACGAAGUUGGUUGCAUGCCGCCAACCGACGUUUCGAAUUUAACGGUUAUGAGUAAUAAAGAGAAUAGCACAGCGACACAAAGAGUAAGCAAAGUAAAGAUUAUAGAAGAAGUAAAAUUAAAAGGUAAAUUUAAAGUUAAAAAAGUCCAGACAACCAUAAAAGGACUAGAUUUGGACGAACGAAAGAGACCUAUAAACGAAAAAGAAUUAAAAGAACAUAGUCUAACAAAAGUUGAGGUAAGCAAUUUUCAUUUUUAUUCAAAAGCCCGUGAAGAUCCUAAGGGCAAACUUUAUAACACUGAACUAGUAAGCGGAGAAUAUACCGUCUGUAUUAAUCUGAAAAAAGACAGCCUUUCCACAAAAAGGAAAUUUAACCUAAUCAAGAUCUACAAUACUUUGAAUUACAUAGGUGUAAGGGUCACCGAAAUAAGAAUGGUGGCCAAAGCGCAGUCCACCUUUAGGGACAGGUGGGACGCCAACAAGGUCAUUGGUUACGGUAGCAAAAAGGAAGCGAGAAUUGAUGCUUAUGUACCCCGAAGAAAGAGAACGCGUAGAGGUGUAAUUAAAGAGUGGAAAGGAUCGAUUGAUGAAUUGAAAGUUUGUCUAAUGGCAGGACAAGGGAUUACCAAAUGACUCGCUUAAAAAGGCGAAGGUUAAAGGAUGAUAAGGCAACAUGGGAGGAGAGUGCUGUGUUGGUUACAUUUGCAGGUGAUUCCUUGCCAACAAAAUUGUACAUUGGUCAGGGUCAUGUGUCGUUGAGGGUUGAAUCGUCCGCCUAACAACAACGUGACGAACGACGGCUGGAGCGUGCUAGUAGACCUGGAAAGAAAUAGGAUUUCGUUACUCAUGGGAGAUUUCAAUGCGAGGAGCGAAGUAUGGAACUGUCCGGAUACGGACGGAGCCGGCCUGAAGCUUAUGGAACUUUUAGACGAAUAGGAUCUGUUUGUCGUUAACGACGGUACAACGUCGCGUCCUGCCUCAGGUGCGUACAGAUCUUCAAAUAUUGACCUAAUAAUCACGAAUUUUGAGGUUCUACAACCAACGAGAGUAAAUGAGUCGAGCGUCACGCCUGGCUCGGAUCACCAAAUUCUGAAUGUAAGCCUAGAGACGACCCUGCACGCUGCUCCGGAGGUGAAAAAAUUCUCCACGAGAACGCUGAAAUGCGACAAGGUUGACUGGAAAAAAUGCAGCGAUCAAAUAGCGAGAGAAACUGCUCUAAUCACUAACAGAGUACUAACAGUGGACGAAUGCGAGGUAACGGUCAGAAAUACUUUAGUAAAGUCAAUUUUAGAACAUGGAGGCAGAGAUAGAAGACAGAAUAGUACUGACGCACCGGGGAUGAGGACGAAUCGCGCCAGGAACAAUAAAGUGUGCUUUGGCUAAGGUCGACAAAAAAAAUGCGCUCCGCUAUUUUGUAAAUACACCUAAUGCGGAUAACUGGAACAAUUAUAAAUGCGCAUUGAAUAAGAUGAAGGCUCUUGCGCGAAAGAAGAAGCAAAAAUCCUGGGUGGAAAUUGUUGUUAGUGGUGGAAAUAAGUUAUAGAGUUAACAGUGCAGUGUGAUGCAUUGUUUGUAAAGGGAGUAAUACGAAUGAAUACUAUUUGAGAGUGAAAAGUACUGCGAAUGGAAAAGAAAUAUUGUUAACGGUAUCGUAUGAUAUUUGUAUGCUGGUAUACCUCAAAUUGAAUCGAAUGACGAAGUACAAAACGGCGCUAGGGGAUUGGCAGGCUUGCCAACCACUGAAGCGCGUGGUCGAUAGUGUUCAUUGGGUAGGAAGGGGCGGAAAGUCCCUAAAGAACGCCACCCUUCAGAGAUAAGGGAUGCGUUUUGGUUUGGCUUACAUACUAAAUCCCGACAGUACUUUAUUGAAAAUGAAACCGCACUCGUAGCACGAAAGCUUUUUAAUUUUGACCAAACUCAAUUAGCAAUAAUAUUUGAAGGAACAUAUAUCAGACACGAAAAAAGCAGAAACAAUGAAUAUCAAAGAAAAUCGUACUUCAGGCAAAAAAAGGUACCAUUAUGUAAGCCAUUUACUAUUUGCACUACAAACGGCUACAUAUUAGAUAUCGCAGGGCCUUUUAACGCCACCGUAAAUUAUGACACAAUUAUUAAAAUAUUAAUAGAAGAUCUGACAGGAAUAAAAUUAAUAUUAAGACCGGGUGAUUUUUGUAUUGUUAAUCGCGGUUUUCGGGAUGCCCUACAACAUCUAGAAGAUGAAGGGUAUAAUGUUUUAAUGCCAGCAUUUGAAGGGAAUCGGGCCCAAUUAACUUCAGAAGAAGCAAAUUCAUCGCGAUUUGUAACAAAAGUACGUUGGGUAGUCGAAGCCGUUCAGCCGUUUGAUAAUAAAAUGUUACCAUCUAUAAGGUCCGUGUGCUGAAUAGCGGGAUUUUUGCAUAAUACUUUCGGGAAAC